UUCUUUCUAGGUAGUUAGGUACAAUAACCCGUGUCGGUUGGACGGCUCCGAGCAAAGGUGUCCGCAAUACCGGUAUUAUCGUUUUUACUAACCAUUAACUGCACGCAUUUCGUGUUGCAUUUUUCGUUUUACUAUUCGCCAGUGUUUGUUCUUCCGUUGUUUUUCAUUUUUUUUUUUUUUUUUGUGGAAUACCCUCGUUAAGUGUACGAUCGAUGAUAGUGUUCAUUUAUUCCCGCAGGAAUAUGAUGAUUUGAUGGAUUAAACAGUCACUCGAGAAACGUUCAGAUUCAUCUUGCUGGCAUGAGGAUAAAAAUAUAUACGGCCAUUUUCCUGGUCGUCACUCUUCCAUACGUGUUGUCUCAGAUCCAAACUCCCGGAACUGGACUGUUUUCCUGUCCAUCAGGAUGGGAGCUCAAAGGACUUCAUUGUUACAAGUUUUUCAGCAUAAAGCAUUCGUGGGAGAACGCUGCCCACCUAUGUAACAGGUACGGCAGCGACUUGGUGUUAAUCGAGUCGUAUACGGAAAACAAUUACACGGCAUCGUUGGCCAGAAGAAGCCUAGGGCCGGUGGAUAGAAACAACCAGAAAUAUUGGUUAGGUUUGGCCUCUUCAGAUGACCUCCGUACGAAUACUUUGGAAUAUGCUGGCGGCAUUUUAGUGUCACAAUAUUCCGGAUUUUGGUCAUUGUCUCAACCCGAUACAUCGUCCGGUGAAUGCGUUGACGUGACUGUGACUGAUGAACAACAGUCGUGGGAGUUGCAAACGUGCGAAUCUCUACUGCCAUUUUUGUGCCGUGCCAACGCUUGUCCAACAGGCUCGUUCCACUGCUCGAAUGGCCGUUGCAUCAAUUCAGCAUUUAAAUGUGACAAACAGAAUGAUUGUGGUGAUUGGUCGGAUGAACUGGACUGUUCAUCAAACUGUCACUAUUAUAUGGCCAACAGCGGUGACGUAGUAGAAUCUCCAAAUUACCCUCACAAAUAUGAAGCCCUGUCAAAUUGCAAAUGGACGUUGGAAGGUCCACAGGGUCACAAUAUACUGUUGCAGUUCCAAGAAUUUGAGACGGAGAAGUCAUUCGAUACCGUUCAAAUCCUUGUCGGAGGUCGUACUGAAGACAAGGCGGUGAAUUUAGCCACGCUCUCCGGAAAAAUAGAUUUGAGCAAUAAAAUGUUUGUUUCCGCUUCAAAUUUCAUGAUAAUUAAAUUUAGUUCAGACGCUUCAGUAGAACGCAAAGGUUUCAGAGCCUCGUGGAAAACUGAACCUCAGGUAUGUGGUGGCAAUUUAAGAGCAACCUCACAAUCACAGACACUGACUUCACCGGGAUUCCCUAAUAACUAUCCCGGGGGCUUAGAAUGCUUGUACACCAUUACUGCUCAAGCUGGAAGAAUAAUUACUCUAGAGAUUGAAGAUUUAGAAUUACAACAAAACAGAGACUUUGUAUUAAUUAGAGACGGAGAUACGCCAAAGAGUCAACCAAUUGGACGUUUAACAGGAUCGCUGGAAAGCAAUUCUAGGUUAAUAAUGUCGACCGGAAACCAAAUGUAUUUGUACUUCAAAACAGGUUUGGGCGACAGCAAAAAGGGCUUCAAAAUAAAGUACUCGCAAGGUUGUAAAGCCACUAUAACCGCAGCCAACGGAACAAUUUACUCGCCUACUUUUGGCCUGUCAAAUUACCCAAGCAAUUUGGAAUGCCUCAUUAAAAUCAAGAAUCCUACUCUCAGUCCAUUGUCAUUGAAAUUCGAUUCCUUCGUUUUACACCAAUCUGAUUUCGUACAAGUAUACGACGGCGCAAGCACUAGUGGAUUAAGACUUCAUCCGAACAAUGGUUUUACUGGAAGUACACCUCCCAAGAUAACGCUUACUGCUGCUAGUGGGGAAAUGUUGGUAAGAUUUGUUACAGACGCAUUACAUAAUCAAAAAGGAUGGCACGCAACGUUCUCAGCAGAUUGUCCCACAUUAAAACCGGGCGAAGGAGCAUUAGAAUCGAACAGAGACACUGCUUUUGGAACGACCGUUACUUUCUCGUGCCCGGUCGGACAAGAGUUUGCCACUGGAAAAUCUAAAAUCACAUCAGAAUGUUUAAUUGGCGGCAAUUGGUCGGUUUCUUACAUCCCAAAAUGUCAAGAGGUGUACUGUGGUCCCGUUCCUCAAAUUGACAAUGGUUUCUCAACCGGUUCAACAAAUGUAACUUACCGGGGUCAAGCUAUGUAUCAAUGUUAUGCAGGAUUUGCUUUCCCGUCGAACGAGCCGAUUGAAAAAGUGUCGUGCCUUGCAGAUGGACGUUGGGAAAGAUUACCCACAUGUCUUGCUUCACAAUGUCCACCACUUCCGGAAACACCACACGCUAAUGUCACGGUUUUAAAUGGCGGUGGACGUAGUUACGGAACUAUUGUUCGAUUCCAAUGUGAGUCAGGAUACGUUCGGUCGGGACAUCCCGUAGUUCUCUGCAUGAGUAACGGAACUUGGUCUAGCAGCGUUCCAGUCUGUUCUCGUGCUGAGUGUCCAAUAUUGCCAGAAGUUAAUAAUGGAUUUGUUAUUGACCAAAGUCGUAAAUACUUUUACGGAGAUGAAGCUCGAGUACAAUGUCACCGAGGAUUUAAACUCAUUGGAGGACCAUCGAUAAUUAAGUGUGGAGCCAAUCAAACAUUUUCUAAUGUUCCAAAAUGUGAAGAUGUGAACGAGUGUGCUGCUAGUCAAUGUGAUUUGGCAUCGACAGAAUGUGUUAAUAGCUUAGGUGGUUUCCACUGUCGUUGCAAGACCGGGUUCGCGCCCACUAUGGAAUGCAGGCCAAUAGGAGAUCUUGGUUUGAUAAGCGGAGGAAUUUCUGAUAACUCUAUAACUGUAUCGGGAUCCGAACCAGCAUUUACCAAAGAGAUGAUAAGGUUGAACACAAUGCGAGGGUGGUGCGGCACACACGUUGAGCCCGGUGACAACUGGGUUUUAAUCGACCUGAAAGCACCAACCAUAAUAAGAGGUUUCAGAUCACAAGGUGUGAUGAGAGGUUCUAACAAAAUAGCAUUCUCUUCUGCUAUAAGAAUCCAAUAUUCAAAUAAUCUGACGGAUCUGUUCAGAGAUUACACUAAUCCCGACGGAACACCGGUAGAAUUUCGCAUUCUUGAACCCAGCUUAUCUGUACUUAAUUUCCCAAUGCCUAUUGAAGCUCAAUACAUCAAACUUAAGAUUCAAGAUUACUCCGUUGCGCCUUGUUUAAAACUCGAGUUGAUCGGUUGUACAAGAUUGGACUGUGUUGAUAUAAAUGAAUGUUCUGUCAACAAUGGUGGAUGCCAACAAAAAUGUAUCAACAGCCCCGGAAGCUACGCUUGUUCGUGUAACAUAGGCUAUGAGUUAUACAUGAAGAAUGGAACUGCUGGAUUCUUCAUCAACGAAUUCGAAUCUGGUGAAAGAGACGGUGACGUGUAUCAGAGAAACAAGACUUGUGUUCCAGUUAUGUGUCCCAGUCUACAAGCUCCGGAAAACGGCAUGAUACUUUCGACAAAGGAAUCCUAUCAUUUCGGAGAUUUAGUGAACUUCCAGUGCAAGUUUGGAUACGUGAUGAGUGGAUCUGCAUCUCUGUUGUGUACAUCUACUGGAGCAUGGAAUGGAACAGUACCUCAAUGCCAGUUCGCAAAAUGUGUAUCCCUUCCCGACGAUAAAGUGGAAGGUCUUAAAGUUAGUCGAUUUGAAAAAGAUGCAGUUCUCGUACCGUUCAAAGAAAAUGUCACGUUGAAAUGUGAGAAUCCAGGACGGACGCUUAGGAGAACUGCAACUUCAGGAUUUAGACAAUGUGUUUAUGAUCCAAAGCCUGGUUUUCCUGAUUAUUGGUUAUCUGGAAUAACUCCAUCGUGCCCGAGGGUGGAUUGCGGAGUGCCGAUGCCUACAGCCGGUGCUGAGUACGGCAAUUUCAAAGACACAAGAUAUCAAUCGUCUUUCUUCUUUGGUUGUCAAGAUACUUUUAAGCUUGCGGGACAAACUGAUAAAAACGAUAAUGUGGUGCGUUGUCAAGCAAAUGGUAUUUGGGAUUUCGGAGAUUUGAGAUGUGAAGGCCCAGUGUGUCAAGAUCCCGGCAGGCCCACGGAUGGUUAUCAAGUAGCCACUAGUUAUGAACAGGGUUCUGAAGUACAAUUCGGUUGUAACAAACCGGGUUACAUACUAAUCAAUCCUCGCCCAAUUUCAUGUAUAAGAGAACCAGAAUGUAAAAUUAUUAAACCAUUGGGUCUAACCUCCGGUAGAAUACCAGAUUCGGCCAUAAAUGCAACAUCCGAAAGACCUAAUUAUGAAGCUCGUAACAUUCGUCUGAAUUCAGUCACUGGUUGGUGUGGUAAGCAAGAAGCAUUUACUUACGUCAGUGUAGAUUUGGGACAAGUUUACAGAGUCAAGGCAAUUCUCGUGAAAGGUGUUGUUACUAACGAUAUCGUCGGACGUCCAACCGAAAUACGUUUCUUCUACAAACAAGAAGAAAAAGAAAAUUUCGUUGUAUAUUUCCCCAAUUUCAAUCUUACGAUGAGAGAUCCUGGAAACUUUGGCGAACUAGCUAUGAUUACUUUACCGAAAUAUGUCCAAGCACGAUUUGUUAUUUUAGGAAUCGUCAGUUAUAUGGAUAAUGCUUGUUUGAAAUUUGAAUUGAUGGGUUGUGAAGAACCCAAGGUUGAACCUUUAUUAGGUUUUGACUAUGGUCAUUCGCCAUGUGUUGACAACGAACCACCGGUCUUCCAAAACUGUCCAACUCAACCGAUCGUAGUACACCGGGGACCUAAUGGAAUAGAACCAGUAAACAUGACAGAACCCGUUCCGGUAGACAACAGCGGUAGCAUUGCUAGACUCGAAGUAAAACCACAGAGCUUUAAAUUGCCAUUCUACACGUUCCAAGACACGGCAGUAAAAUACGUCGCGUUUGAUUUUGAUGGAAACGUAGCAAUCUGCGAAAUAAACAUCACCGUCACGGAUGAAACGCCACCGCAGUUGAGUUGCCCUCAGAGUUAUGUUAUCGAAUUAGUGAACAAACAAGACAAUUACGUGGUGAACUUUAAUGAAACUCGUAGACGAAUCAACGUUUCAGAUGCUUCUGGUGAGGUCACGCUUGCAUUCAAUCCCGAUCGAGCUUCUAUUGCCAUCGGAGAUUUCGAGAACGUGACGGUCACUGCUACCGAUAAAUUUGGUAACAAGGCUGUUUGUUACUUCCAGGUUUCAGUACAGGCUACACCUUGUGUGGAUUGGGACCUUAAAACGCCGUUGAACGGAGCAUUGAAUUGUUUACCUUCCGACGAUGACGGUUUAGAGUGUAUAGCCACGUGUAAAGCAGGAUUUAGAUUCACUGACGGUCAACCGACUAAAUCGUUCACUUGUGAACAAAGAAGUCUAUGGUCACCAUCAUCGGUCGUACCAGAUUGUGUGUCCGAAAACACCCAAGAAGCUGACUAUCACGUAGUACCGUCCGUCACUUAUCGUGCUAACGGAGCCGUUCCAUCUUUAUGUUUGAGACAAUACGCUGAUAUUUUAAGUCAACACUACGCUCUUCUCAACGAUGUUUUGACAGAAAGAUGUUCUGCUGUUAAAGUCAACAUGAACGUCUCAUUUAUCGAUACUAAACCGCAAUUGUUGGACGAAAACUUGGUCCAGGUUGAUUUCGUGCUAGGAGUCUUGCCAGAAGUCAGACAGCCCCAGUUGUAUGAUUUCUGUGGUUCGACUUUGAAUUUAGUUUUUGACCUUAGUGUAUCAUACGCUAGCGCUGCGAUAGAACCGUUGUUGAACAUAUCAGCAGUAGCUAAUCAAUGUCCUCCCUUGAAGGCCCUCAGGUCAUCAGUAUCAAAAGGAUUUGCUUGCAACAUUGGCGAAGUACUCAAUAUGGACACUAACCAUGUGCCUCAUUGCUUGCAUUGUCCUGCUGGAACUUAUGCUGGAGUCAAGCAAACUUCGUGUAUGCCAUGUGCUCGCGGAUACUACCAAGAUACAGCUAGACAAGGCGCUUGUAUGAAAUGUCCCAAUGGAACUUACACUAAGGAAUUGGGAUCCAAGAGCUUGAAAGACUGUAUUCCGGUGUGUGGUUAUGGAACUUAUUCACCGACUGGUCUUGUUCCUUGUCUCGAGUGUCCUAGAAAUAGUUAUACGUCCGAACCACCGACUUCCGGUUUUAAAGAAUGUGUUUCAUGUCCACCUAGUAUGUUCACGUAUCAACCUUCUGCGCCGAACAAAGAUUUUUGCAGAACUAAAUGUCCUCCGGGUCAAUACUCAGAAACUGGUUUAGCACCAUGCUCGCCGUGCCCAGCAAACUUCUAUCAAGCAACAAGUGGACAGACCGUGUGCAUGGAAUGUCCCACGAAUACCAGAACCAAAGGUGUUGGAGCAGCGGGACGAGAUGAAUGCCAAUCAAUUGUGUGCACCGAAAAUUCUUGUUUACAUGGUGGACUUUGUAUGCCACUUGGACAUGGAGUUCAAUGUUUCUGUCCAGCUGGAUUUUCAGGAAAACGUUGCGAUAUCGACAUUGACGAAUGUGCUUCUCAGCCAUGUUUCAAUGGCGGUUCGUGUAUAGACCUUCCACAAGGUUACCGUUGUCAAUGUAAGAACGGGUUUAGUGGAAUAAACUGCCAAGAGGAAAAAUCUGAUUGUAGAAAUGAUACAUGUCCCGAGAGAGCAAUGUGUAAAGACGAACCAGGUUUAGGUAACUUCACGUGUCUCUGCCGAAGUGGAUACACCGGACAAAAUUGUGAUGUGACGAUCGAUCCAUGCAUGGAAACCAUUAACCCGUGCAAGAAUGCAGCUACGUGCACAGCAUUGAAACAAGGCCGAUACAAAUGCGAAUGCAAACCCGGCUGGGAAGGUGAACAUUGCGAUGAGAACAUUGACGAUUGCGCAGAACGACCAUGUCUUUUGGGAGCGGCUUGCACCGAUCUCGUGAAUGACUUCAAAUGUGCUUGUCCUCCGGGCUUUACCGGCAAACGUUGUGAAACGAAAAUCGAUAUAUGUUCAGCUAACCCAUGUCAAAAUGGUGUAUGCGUCGAUAGGCUGUUCAGCCAUCAAUGCGUUUGUCAUCCAGGGUGGACUGGCGCUGCUUGUGAGAUUAACAUUGAUGAUUGCGCGAGUAACCCGUGUGGAAGCGACGGGGAGUGCACGGACAUGGUAAACGGUUACUCUUGUACUUGUGACGUGGGUUACACCGGUAAGAGGUGUCAACACUUGAUCGACGAUUGUGCGUCUGGACCAUGUCAAAACGGAGGGUCAUGCAUAGAUAUGUUGGAUGGAUUUGUUUGCCGCUGUAGACCGGGUUUCUUGGGUAUUCAGUGCGAGGCUGGAAUAGACGAAUGUCUCAGUGACCCUUGCAGUCCCGAAGGCACGGAACAAUGUUUAGAUUUGGAUAACAAUUACAAGUGUAUAUGCCACAAUGGAUACACCGGACAAAUGUGUGAAAAGAACAUCGAUGAUUGCGCUUCUUCUCCAUGCAUGAACAACGGAAAAUGCUAUGACGGCGUCAACACGUUCUCGUGCCAAUGCCCUCCUGGCUGGACUGGAAAACGUUGCGAAAUCGAUAUCAGCUCGUGUCAAAGCAAACCUUGUUUCAAUGACGCGAUGUGCAUCAAUUUAUUCCAAGAUUACUUCUGUGUAUGUCCAUCUGGAACGGAUGGAAAACAGUGUGAAACUGCUCCAGAACGUUGUAUCGGCAAUCCAUGUAUGCACGGAGGUAGAUGCCAAGAUUUUGGUUCAGGAUUGAAUUGCACGUGUCCAAGUGACUACAAUGGUAUUGGUUGCCAGUACGAGUUUGAUGCCUGUCAAGCAAACACAUGCAAAAAUGGAGCGACGUGUGUUGACAACGGGCCGGGGUACAAAUGUAUGUGUCCACCUGGCUUUACGGGUGUAAACUGCGAUGAAGAUAUAGUCGACUGCAAAGAAAAUUCAUGUCCGCCUACAGCUACUUGUAUCGAUCUUACUAAUAAGUUCUACUGCCAGUGUCCAUUUAACUUGACCGGAGACGAUUGCAGAAAAACCAUCCAAGUUGAUUACGACUUUAGUUUCCCCGAAGAGAUGUUGAGUAGCGCGGCUUUAACAGUUCCGUUCCAAUUCACGGGCGGUAGAGACAGUUUUACGAUCGCCAUGUGGGUUCAAUACGCACAAAAAGAUGAACCUGGAAUAUUCUUUACGCUAUACAGUGUCACGUCCCCUCACGUCGUGCAAGGUCAAAGGGUGAUAAUACAAGCUCAUUCCAGUGGUGUAGAAGUGUCAAUAUUCCCAGAACUGCAAGAUGUAUUCUUGGCUUUCCACGAGUACACUACGAUUAACGACGGUCAAUGGCAUCACAUAGCCAUAGUGUGGAACCAAGGUACACUGACAUUGAUCACCGAAGGAUUGAUCGCUAGUAAAAUGGAAGGUUAUGGAGCCGGAAGGAAACUGCCAGAAUUUGGUUGGGCUGUACUAGGAAAGCCGAGAACGGUUAGAAAGACGUUCACAGAGGCUGGGUUCAAGGGCCAGUUGAACAAAGUACAGAUUUGGGGACGUGCACUUGAUGUCACCAACGAAGUGCAGAAACAAGUGCGAGAUUGUAGAACUGAGCCAGUACUCUAUCAAGGAUUAGUGCUCACGUGGGCAGGAUUUGAUGACAUCCAAGGGGGCGUUGAAAGAAUCGUUCCUUCUAAAUGCAGUCAACACUCGUGCCCGGCUGGAUACACCGGACCGAACUGCGAACAACUUCAAGUUGACAAGAAACCACCGCAAGUAGAGUAUUGUCCUGGCGAUCUUUGGGUCAUUGCUAAGAAUGGAUCAGCAGUUGUCAGUUGGGACGAACCGAGAUUCACCGAUAAUGUGGGCGUAGUAAGAGUCGAGGAAAAGAACGGUCACAAACCUGGUCAAACGUUAUUAUGGGGAACUUACCGCAUAGCCUACGUUGGUUUUGAUGAAAUCGGUAACGCUGCAGUGUGCUCCUUCAGAGUGUAUGUUCUGUCCGAGUUCUGUCCAACGUUGGCAGAUCCAAUCGGAGGUAAGCAACAAUGUAAAGACUGGGGUUCCGGUGGACAGUUCAAGGUAUGUGAAAUCAGUUGUAAUCCGGGUCUGAGGUUCUCGCAAGAAGUUCCGAAAUUCUACACUUGUGGAGCUGAAGGUUUCUGGAGACCGACCACCGAUCCUGCGUAUCCAACCAUCUAUCCGGCCUGUUCAACUUCUAAACCAGCUCAGAGAGUGUUCAAGGUGGACAUGAAAUUCCCUACAUCAGUGCUGUGUAAUGAAGCAGGACAAGGAGUACUGAGACAGAAAGUUAGAAAUGCAAUCAACACGUUGAACAGGGAAUGGAACAUUUGCUCGUACUCUAUUAAAGGAACUCGCGAAUGUAAGGAUUUGAAUAUAGACGUGAAAUGUGAUCAUCGCGCAUCUAGACCAACGAGAAACGUAGACGACAGUGAUGCAGAAGACUCGGCUAUUGUAAUCAGAGAGAAGAGGCAAGCUAGCGACACAUAUUCCGUACAGAUUUCGUUCCCGGCUAUUAACGACCCCGUGGUCAAUAGUAACUCGAAUCAAAGAGCAAACAUUCAAAGGUUAUUGGAAAAGCUCAUAUUGGAAGAAGAUCAAUUCGACGUGCACGACAUACUGCCAAACACCGUACCGGACCCUGCUUCUCUGAACUUGGAAUCCGAUUACGCAUGUCCCGUCGGUGAAGUGGUUAUGGCACCCGACUGCGUGCCGUGUUCCGUGGGAAGUUACUUUGACAAAGAAAUGAAAAUAUGUGUGCCUUGUGCUGUGGGCUCGUACCAAAGUGAAUCCGGUCAAUUGCAGUGUUCGGUGUGUCCAGCAAUAGCUGGUCGCCAAGGCGUGACCGUGUCCACGGGGGCUCGAUCAGCGUCUCAAUGCAAAGAGAGGUGUCCGGCAGGCAAGUACUACGACGACGAAGCCGGUUUGUGCAGAAGCUGUGGAUACGGUUUCUACCAACCAUCAGAAGGUAGUUUCAAAUGUCUGUUGUGCGGUCUCGGCAAGACUACGAGGACUACGGAAGCAGUGUCUCAAGAGGAAUGCAGAGACGAGUGUGCCGACGGUAUGCAUUUGGGCGUCGAAGGCGAAUGCGAACCGUGUCCGAGAGGAACGUACAGGACCCAAGGCGUGGAACCAGCUUGCCAGCAAUGUCCCGCCGGCAGGACCACCAAGCAAUCUGGUGCUUCUAGCAUCGAGGAAUGCUCGUUGCCCAUCUGUGUGCCAGGUACAUAUUUGAACACGACCCAGAACAGCUGUAUAUCCUGUAAGAAGGGAACUUACCAACCGGCCAUGCAGCAGACUAUCUGUCUGCCGUGCCCGCCGAACAUGAGCACCAAGACCGUAGCAGCUACCAGCAAGUCCGAAUGCUGGAACCCGUGCGAGGCGAACGUGGCCGGCAAACACUGCGAUAUAAACGCUGACUGUCUGCUGAUACCGGAGACGUCGGACUUCAAAUGCGAGUGCAGGCCCGGGUUCAACGGCACCGGCAAGGUUUGCAAGGAUGUGUGCGAGAACUACUGCGAGAACAAGGGCACGUGCGUCAAGGACUUGCGCGGCCAACCGUCCUGCCGAUGCGUCGGCUCGUUCAUCGGGCCGCACUGCGAGGACAAGUCGGACUUUGCGUACAUCGCCGGCGGUAUCGCAGCCACCGUCAUAUUCCUCAUUGUUAUCGCGCUGUUCGUGUGGAUGAUUUGUGCGCGGUCGGAACGCGUCAAGGAGCCCAAGAAGCUGAUGGCUCAGACCAACGACCAGACCGGUUCGCAGGUGAACUUCUACUACGGCGCAGCGCCGUACGCGGAGUCCAUAGCGCCGUCGCAUCACUCCACGUACGCGCAUUAUUACGACGACGAGGAGGACGGCUGGGAGAUGCCAAACUUCUACAACGAGACGUACAUGAAAGAGAGCUUGCACAACGGCAAGAUGAACAGUUUGGCCAGAUCGAACGCCAGCAUUUACGGUAACAAAGAAGACUUAUACGACAGACUCAAGAGGCACGCUUACAACGGCAAGAAAGAUAAAAGUGAUACCGAAAGCGAAUGCCAGUGA